GCGGGCGGAGCCGUAGCUACAGUGUCCUGCGGGGUCCGUAUCCCGGAAAUCGAGCGUCCAGAAUACCCUGCUGAGGUCCACGAUGUCGGAGAAAGGAGCUGGGUCGAGUGGGGGCUCCCCCCAGGCCAGCUCGGUGACUGUCAGUGACGUCCAGGAGCUGAUAAGGCGCAAGGAGGAAAUCGAAGCGCAGAUCAAAGCCAACUAUGACGUGCUGGAGAGCCAAAAGGGCGUGGGCAUGCACGAGCCGCUGGUGGACUGCGAAGGCUACCCCCGCUCCGACGUGGACGUAUACCAAGUUCGAACCGCCAGGCACAACAUCGUCUGCUUGCAGAACGACCACAAGGCGGUGAUGAAGCAGGUGGAGGAGGCGCUGCACCAGCUGCACGCUCGGGACAAGGAGAAGCAGGCCCGGGACAUGGCUGAGGCCCACCAGGAGGCCAUGAGCCGCAGCCUGAGCCAGAGCGAGGGCGUCAGCCCCGCUCAGGCCUUUGCCAAAGUGAACAGCAUCAGCCCCGGCUCCCCCGCCAGCAUCGCAGGCCUGCAAGUGGACGACGAGAUCGUGGAGUUUGGCUCCGUGAACACCCAGAACUUCCAGUCGCUGCAAAACAUCAGCGGCGUGGUGCAGCACAGCGAGGGGAGGCCCCUGACCGUGACCGUGAUCCGCAGAGGGGAGAGACACCAGCUCAGGCUUGUCCCAACGCGCUGGGCAGGGAAAGGACUGCUGGGCUGCAACAUUAUUCCUUUGCAGAGAUGACCGUCGCUGGGGAACAGUCACAGAAAAGCGUCUUUGGUCGCCCUGGACUUGGGUCCGGGGGGGAUUUCUUCGUUCUCUUCUCUCCCUGAAGUUUAAGGAUCUGGAAGAGGCCGGAAGCCCGGACUUCUAGGUGGUGGGGAUGCUGUGGCCUCCAAGUACACGUGACCUCUGGGGAUUAAGGAAUUGUUAAAAACUUGACCUGUAUUUAGUAUCUUUUGCAAAUUAGGCCACAGCCCUAAACGGGAGUCCUCUGAUUUUGGACAAGAGGGUGGGAGUUAUUCUGGCUGGUGCUGGCAUGACUCUAUCCUUUCAGGAUCCCCCC